AUUUCGCAAUCGGUGCUGUCUAAUUGUAUUAUUCCAAUCGGCGAUAGUAGAUCUUCAUCAUGGUAACAUCAAAAACAAGAAGAUAAAUCAUGCAUAUGCGCAUCAUGAUUUAGGGACAAGAUGAAUGCCGUGCGUAGAUUUGUUGCGUGCUAAGUGGUUGCAAUCCUGUUGCUGUCUCUCCAGGAGCUGCUACCCCAUCCUGUCCGCGUCGUGCGUGUCUCCAGAACUGACGAAGAAGAGCGAAUAAGAUGUCCUCUUCUACCCCCGUUCAGCGCGCUAGCAGGGCGCAGCCUUCUGUCGAAUUCGGGUAUGUGUCGCUCAUUGAGCAGGAAAUUGAGAGCGAAAAACUAUCCGCGGGUACUCGUUUAACCGAGGUGAUUUCCACUUUUGGCCGAUUAGGUCUGGGUAUCGGCUUCGGCUAUGAGGAUUAAGGAAGAGGUUGGUGAAACAAGAAUACUAGAAAUGCUACUUGCUACGAACAUGUCUGUGUGAUACCCUAAUUAUAACCAAACAGCGGACACAGCGCUGAAACCUAAUAAUCAAACACAGCAACAGCAAGCAUAGACUUACUUAAAUGGAAGAUACUUCUCCCCGUUUUCGUCCUCACCCUUGUGACUAUGCUGGUUCUUACUUCAAUCGUCGUUGCUCUUGCUUGAGAUGCUGUAGUUUUAGGUUGCCUUAGAGUAGAUCAAUCGUUACCUCAAGUUGAGCAUGCUAUUACUUAGAAGCAAGAUACUACAUGAAUGUGCAUGAACAUAUUGUAGCAGGCACACCCUUGGAAAAAGGGGACUUGACUUGACGACAAAGAUGCGAUUAUCAUUCGACUCUAUCUAAUGUGAACAGGUUCGCAACGGGCUGAUAAAGAUUCCGGAGAUUUUCAGCAGAGGAGCAUCGUCCCUGUUUUCCAGGUCAGCUGCAUGUGAUGCUGGUGAUGAGAACACAGCAUCUCCAGAUGCACGAACAUUAUCAUGGCAUCCUAGUCCAUCCCUCAAACAUACUAACAAACCAGAACCACUUCUAAGUAUAAAUUAAUAAUAACAUCAACGAAACAGACACACCAGUCAGGAGGAAAUCCCGACAAAUUGAAAGCCUCAAAAAAUAAGUCACUCAGUACGAUAAAGAAGUUCUUAAACUUGACAAAAUAGCACUAGAAGAAAUCAAGGAGUAUGCAUGGAGGGGAUGGAUUGUGGAUCGUUUCAACAUUCGCUCUAGGCGCAGCCGCAGGGCCCUCAAUUUCUUCCGAUAUCCAUAAUGGAAGUACUAGGGCAGCAACAGCAUCUACUUCACCUGCGUCGUUCCUCGGAAUGCAUGGGAGUCGCUUAUCUCCGAAUCGUAUCGUGGACAUAUUUUAAGGCUUCCCCGCAUGCAUGGAUACGUGUUUGAUGUCCAUCUAAAGCAAACAAGAUUAUUUUCAGAAGCAGGGCAGGGGCAGGGUUAUUCCGAGAUCGUCGUAUAGUAACUCUACGAAAAAAAUCCAUCUACAUCGGGCCCUCGUUUCACAUUACAUAUGGAUAUGUUCACUCAGAAGCAUGAUCACGCUCUUGGAACAAGAGUGUUGUGAAUAGAUGAAAUUAGUACUACCUCCAAGCUCGCUGUAGUUUCUUGUUCUCAGGAGAUUGGGCUCGGGGUAAGGUCUAAAUAUCUGUCCGGAAAGAGGGAUGGCUGCGCCAGAGUCAGAUCCGGGAGCUCCUGCAUUUAGCCCAUGCGCUUCCUGGUCUAACCAUGGUCCAGCUUUGCACGUCAGUCGCAGCUGUUCAUAGCGGUCUUCUUGAUAUGCUAUGGGGUUUAAAGGGCUUUUCACACAUACAUUGCUAUAAAACUAAGUACAACGACUAAACUAACAGACACAGCCAGGAGGAGAUCCCGACAAAUAAAGUACCCCAUAAUUCUCUACCACGCUGAAAAUAGAAUGAAACUUUCUGCGUCCUUCUUAUCUUUCUCCUUCGGUGUUGAUAAUGAGACAACCUCGCUGCAGGUACAAUUGAGUAGCAAGUCAAAACAACUUAUUGAUAUUGUUAUUAAUUUGAUGUUCGUGACGCAUUUCGAUUACGAAAGUGGCAUUUAGAUUUAUUGCAUUUGAUUGUUGAUGAUCAUCAUGUGCCACCUAACGAUUCUAAUGAUGGAGCUUUGCUAUCUGCGAUGCUUCUCAUCGUUCCCGGUGCAGUGCUUUCGGCUUUCGUAGGUGCUCUCCUCAGCUCUGUGCUAGUCUUUCCGUUGGAGAAUAACAAGCUUUUUCGAGGAGGGCCGAGUUAUACAGUUAGGUUCUUGAUCGUGAACAAGACAGAACUAGAAGAUGCAUCAUAUUUCCAAACUGGUGGCGGAAAUCUUACUCACUGAGGAUGUAUUUCUAUGUAUCCGUAUUAUAUUUUGCACUGGACAAACUACUGGUAGGUUAGGUACAAUUACUACUUUUUCCUUGUUAGUAGAGGAGACGUCGAGCAUCAUGUGAAACAAACUAUGUCUUGAAAAAGCAUAGUGACAUCAAGCGAAGUAGUUUGUUGUCUUUAUUGUGAUUUCAACGACGAAGAAAAGUGCUAUUGGUCGUUCUUGGUAAGUGCAAGCUCUAAAACGAGCGCCUUGGGUCAUCUCGCUUUCUCGGAUGAGAAUUUGAGAAGGACGUCACCGAUUUCCAUGGUGGCGCAAGAGCAAGCAAGUCGAGAGCAUACACUGCUCCUAGGUCCGCAUGUUAACGACCACUAUUUGGUUGUACAACCAACAAAUGCAGACCAGUACCAGUUCCACCAGACUGCUAGUACAAACAACACAAAUCCACCCAGUACAGGAGCAGGCUUUUUCGGUGAAGUCUCGCCUAGUAGUACUACAGUAGCCAACUGCUCGAGCACAGUCGCGAACGCGAUGGCCCUAUUCUUGAUUCAUGCAGGUGGGAAUCUUUUCAACGGUACUAUUGCGAAGGGCGAGAAUCAGACCACGUCUGCAAAACCGACACCUUCAGGAGUAUACCUAGCGGCCAAGGCCAAUUCUACUGGUGCUGACGUCCAAGUCCAAAAGCCGGUCGUGGGGAUGGUGCCAAGCAACCUCGAGGAUUUCCCAAAAGAAAUACCUAGCACAACAGGUGAUCUAGGACACCUCCGACAGCACAACGAUAAGACUUCUAGCAGUCCAGUAGGGUCAGCGUCAGAGGGUGAGAUGAUAGUGAAAAACGAAGAACUUCCAAUUCGAGGAGAGCAACAUAUUAGAGGGGCUGCAGAACGGGGAGCAGCAACAAGGAGCAGCGGGGACUCUUCACGAGGACGGGACGAAGAGGAGCACCAUGAGGAUGACCCAAGCGGGGACUACUACUUUAGCGUGGCUGCGCAUGGCAGUUUCGUUUGUUUCACGGGUAUCGCGCUCGAGAAAGCGACGAAACUGACCCUGGCCUUCUCCAGGGACCGCCAACAUUAAGGCUACAAGAAAUCCAACCAUCUCUACAUGCAUCCUGGUCCCGUUUUUAAAGGGAAAAGGGGCACGAGGAUGCUGCUGAAGAUGGAUUUAUGGUAGGUCUAACAACAGAAGAUAGCGUGGGUUCUGGGUUUCGUGGCUAUUCUGCUAGUGUCUGAGCAGAUAUACAUUUUGCGUUUCCUCGCGGUACCCUUUGUUUUAUCGAUUGUAUUCUUCACAGAUUUCCUCGCUUGGCUCGAAUCUAGGAUAGGCUGGCGAGAAGGCUACACAGGCGCAGACGGCGCGUCGAGUGAGGCAAGUCGCUACUCUGACCAGGGUCGUGUUGCAAGGAGUACUACGUAUAGAAUUUUUACCUAAUUUUUUGUUCAUCAGGAAUGCAACUUCUGUCUUCAUUAUGAGGGAAAAAAGUAAAAGUUUACAAAGCUUAUGAAACAGUUACAGUGAGUCUGAGUCCGUUGUCAUGAAGACAACUAGUAGACAUUCUCCCGGAGUACGCGCAGGUUCCAUGUUCGGUGAAGCCAGCAGUAGCAGACGCGGGCAGCAACAGUCUAGGACACAGGGCUCGCCUCUGCCUAUGGCUACAUUUUCUCGAUCUGGUCAUCAAACCUUUCAUCCUUCUAGAUCUAGUCCUAGUACCUACUAGAAAUAUUCUAGUUGGUAAGCAUUUCAAGGAUAUGACUAAGAGGAAACUACCACACUCAGCAAAGUUUGUACGUAAUCAAACAAGAUGAAUUUGAAUAGCACCUCUAAUUCACUGAUGCACGAAGAUUCGGACGAUGCUGGGUACAUUUCCCUCUACCGCGAUCAAGGUGGAGCGCCACCCACGUUGAUCUCUGUACAGCGUGGCGCAGAGAGUAGUGAUGACAGUCAAAGCGCCGGACUCCUAGACGCAGAUCGCGAUUAUCUAGUUUCGUACAAGGAAGAAACGGGAUACGUACUCUUCGGAUUCUUCAUUUAGGACGAAACAUCAGGAGGGAGAAACUGCAACUGGGCUCUGAUGUCUCUGCAUCGGCACAAGAAUGCAUUUGAAAUGAUGCAUGGUUGAAGUACUAGCAUCUUGAGAAAUAUAACGUCAGUCCGUGCUAGAAGUAGUUGUACAACUCAGACAUAGUCAAGAAUUAGUACUAGAAUACUUACUGUCUCUGUCAUCGAAAUUGAUCGUCAAUAGAUUGAAACUCAACUACAUAUCAAGCAGAAAAAAUACAUCGUCUUUUAGUAAAUGACUUUGCCGCUUUUUCUAAUUUGAAGUUCUAUUUGCCUCAUCUUGGUUGCUCUCGCUGACCACUGACCUGGCAGAUUGCGGUAGCUACCUGCGGAGCGGCGUGGUGCUGUUUGCAAGUGGUGAAUGGAUUGAGACGCUGCCGAUACUCUUGUGCGAAAGAGCUGUCCCGAAACUUAAGCUUCAUCGUCCGAGUACUUGCUGUUCUAGUUGUGCUUGCGAUGAAUCAAAGACUUUAAAAAGUGAGGUUUGAUGUUAAGUACUACAGACCCACAAACUGGCUGAACAUGAUGUUUACCUUGACGUGACGAGUUACAAAUAGUUCAUCAAAUGCGGUGAGCAUAAGGAAAUGAGCAGGACCUAUGUAUGAACCUAGUUGAGUCUUUAUUUUCUCAAUCUCAAAGAACAAUACAAGUUUGUAUAAUCAAAUCCUCUACCACGUCUAAACGAAACAUCUUUUUGCUGGGUCUGGUCACCUCAAGGCUACUUCCAAGUGCUUCUUCACGAUUGCUGGCAGUAAAUGCGGCAGCGUUCGCGAGAAGCUAUGUGCAGUACAAAGCAAAAAAUAACUUGCUCUCCGCCGUUGUAAAAGGUCUCGUCUUAUGAAACAGUCAUGUGUAUUACUUCCAGAUUUUGAUUUUCUCUAUUGCGUGGAUAGGUGCUGUCACUACACCAGUGAAAAAUCGAUCAUCAUUUUGUAGCAGGCAUGCAAAAUAUGUAUUAUCUUCUCUGCUGCUCUGAAUCUUCAUUCUAUGGUGCCUGGUGCGUUGCUUUACCCGGUUUGCUCUUGAUGUGGGCGGCGCUUCCUUUCUGGAGUCAAAGCCGCGAAUUGCUGAAGACGCGUGAGAGGAAAAUAGCGAAUCUCCACGGCUGUGUCGCGGGCUUCGUCGCUGGUUCAGCAACAUCCCUCAUGCUUCAAGCGAUUGAGCGCGAGGACAAUGUCAACCGGCAGCUGAAAACGGCAGUCAUCGUCCUUCUUGGCGGAUGCCGCUACUACAUCGCUAGCGUCAAAGAACGUAGCAUACUGCUUGCUGGCGGUCUCUUCUGGCUCAUCUGGAACAUCAUCUGCCAUUUCUAA